GGGCCUGGAGGCCCGAGAGAAAGGCGGGGAGGCGGGGAGGAGGCGAGGGCGGGCUGGGCGGGUUCGACGAGCGCUUCGGCGGUUGGCGAAGCGGCCGGGGUGCUGCCUCCCCGGCGUGAGGAGCGGGGCCCCGCUGACAGAUCCCCCAGCUUCCGGCCUCGCCACCGGGGAGGCGGCUCCCCGGAGGCCCGAGAAAGCUUCCUCGGGCGGCGCUGCCUGCCCGGCUCGCUGGUUCUCCGGCCUCCGAGGAGGCGGCUGAGGAGGAGGAGGAGGUGGCCGGGGUCGGCGGGCGGAGACUCCCCCUUCGCCGGCGGCCGCGGCGGGCAGGACAAUGGAGGUGGCUGUGGAGAAGGCGGCGGCGGCGACGGCGGCCGCUCCGGCAGCUGCCGCCGGGGGGCCCUCGGCGACGGCGGCGGGCGGAGAGAACGAGGCCGAGAGUCGGCAGGGCCCGGACUCGGAGCGGGGCUGCGAGGCGGCCCGGCUCAACCUGUUGGACACUUGCGCCGUGUGCCACCAGAACAUCCAGAGCCGGGCGCCCAAGCUGCUGCCCUGCCUGCACUCGUUCUGCCAGCGCUGCCUGCCCGCGCCGCAGCGCUACCUCAUGCUGCCCGCACCCAUGCUGGGCUCGGCCGAGACCCCUCCGCCCGCGGGCGGCUCCCUGCCCUUCGCCACCCAAGUUGGAGUCAUCCGAUGCCCGGUUUGCAGCCAAGAAUGUGCAGAGAGACACAUCAUAGACAACUUUUUUGUGAAGGACACCACCGAGGUUCCCAGCAGUACAGUAGAAAAGUCUAAUCAGGUGUGUACAAGCUGUGAGGACAAUGCAGAAGCUAAUGGAUUUUGUGUAGAGUGUGUUGAAUGGCUGUGUAAGACAUGUAUCAGAGCUCAUCAAAGGGUGAAAUUCACAAAAGACCACACCGUAAGACAGAAAGAGGAAGUAUCUCCAGAGGCAGUUGGUGUGACCAGUCAGCGGCCAGUGUUUUGUCCUUUUCAUAAAAAGGAGCAGUUGAAACUUUACUGUGAGACAUGUGACAAACUGACAUGUCGGGAUUGCCAGCUGUUAGAACAUAAGGAACAUAGAUACCAAUUUAUAGAAGAAGCUUUUCAGAACCAGAAAGUGAUAAUAGACACACUAAUCACCAAACUAAUGGAAAAGACAAAGUACAUAAAAUUUACAGGAAAUCAGAUUCAAAACAGAAUAAUUGAAGUCAAUCAAAACCAAAAACAGGUGGAACAGGAUAUUAAAGUUGCUAUAUUUACAUUGAUGGUAGAAAUAAAUAAGAAAGGAAAAGCUCUCCUGCAUCAGCUAGAGAGCCUUGCAAAGGACCAUCGCAUGAAACUUAUGCAACAGCAACAGGAAGUGGCUGGACUUUCUAAACAGUUGGAACAUGUCAUGCAUUUUUCUAAAUGGGCAGUUUCCAGUGGCAGCAGUACAGCAUUACUUUAUAGCAAGCGACUGAUUACAUACCGGUUACGGCACCUCCUUCGUGCCAGGUGUGAUGCUUCCCCAGUGACCAACAACACCAUCCAGUUUCACUGUGAUCCUAGUUUCUGGGCUCAAAAUAUUAUCAACUUAGGUUCUUUAGUAAUCGAGGAUAAAGACAGCCAGCCGCAAAUGCCUAAGCAGAAUCCAAUCGUGGAACAGAAUUCCCAGCCCUCAGGUGGCUUAUCUUCCAACCAGUUAUCCAAGUUUCCAACACAGAUCAGCCUAGCUCAAUUACGACUCCAGCAUAUGCAGCAACAGCAACCUCCUCCACGUUUGAUAAAUUUUCAGAAUCACAGCUCCAAACCCAAUGGGCCAGUUCUUCCUCCUCAUCCUCAGCAGCUGAGAUAUCCACCAAACCAGAAUGUACCCCGGCAGACGAUAAAGCCCAAUCCCUUGCAGAUGGCUUUCUUGGCUCAACAAGCAAUAAAGCAGUGGCAGAUCAGCAGUGGACAGGGCACGCCGUCCACUGCCAGCAGCACGUCUUCCACUCCUUCUAGUCCUACCAUCACUAGUGCAGCAGGGUAUGAUGGGAAGUCUUUUGGAUCACCUAUGAUUGAUCUGAGUUCAUCAGUGGGUGGCACUUACAAUCUUCCUUCACUUCCAGAUAUUGACUGUUCAAGUACUAUAAUGCUGGACAACAUUGGAAGGAAAGAUACUAGUAUAGAUUCUGGCCAACCCAGACCACCGUCAAACAGGACGGUGCAGUCACCGAAUUCGUCAGUACCAUCUCCAGGCCUUGCAGGACCUGUUACUAUGACUAGUGUACAUCCCCCAAUACGCUCACCUAGUGCCUCCAGCAUUGGGAGCCGAGGAAGCUCUGGCUCUUCCAGCAAACCAGCAGGAGCUGAUUCUACACAUAAAGUCCCAGUGGUCAUGUUGGAGCCAAUCCGAAUAAAACAAGAAAACAGUGCACCACCUGAAAAUUAUGAUUUUCCUGUUGUUAUAGUGAAACAAGAAUCUGAUGAAGACUCUAGGCCUCAGAAUACCAAUUAUCCUAGAAGCAUCCUCACUUCCCUGCUGUUACAUAGUGGCCAGCGGUCUGCUUCUGAAGAGACUGUGGUAAGAUCUGAUGCGCCUGAUAGCACAGGAGAUCAGCCUGGAUUGCACCUGGAGAAUUCCUCCAGUGGAAAGUCUGAGUGGCUGGAUGCCUCCCAGAAGUCUCCUCUUCUUGUUGGAGAGACGAGGAAAGAGGACGAUCCCAACGAGGACUGGUGUGCAGUGUGUCAGAACGGAGGGGAGCUCUUAUGUUGCGACAAGUGUCCCAAAGUAUUCCAUCUCUCUUGUCACGUGCCCACACUGACAAAUUUCCCAAGUGGAGAGUGGAUUUGUACUUUUUGCCGAGACUUAUCUAAACCAGAAGUUGAAUAUGAUUGUGAUGCUCACGGGCACAGCUCAGAAAAAAGGAAAGCCGAAAGCCUCACUAAGUUAACACCAGUAGAUAAGAGGAAGUGUGAACGUCUACUUUUAUUUCUUUACUGCCAUGAAAUGAGUCUCGCUUUUCAAGAUCCUGUUCCUCUAACAGUUCCCGAUUAUUAUAAAAUAAUUAAAAAUCCCAUGGACUUGUCAACCAUUAAGAAAAGACUGCAAGACGAUUACUCCGUGUAUACAAAGCCUGAAGAUUUUGUUGCGGAUUUUAGGCUUAUCUUUCAAAACUGUGCUGAAUUCAAUGAGCCUGAUUCAGAAGUAGCUAAUGCUGGUAUAAAACUUGAAAACUAUUUUGAAGAACUUCUAAAGAACCUUUAUCCAGAAAAAAGAUUUCCUAAACUAGAAUUCGGGAAUGAAUUCGAAGAUAAUAAAUUUAGCGAUGAUUCAGAUGAUGACUUUGUACAGCCCCGGAAGAAACGCCUGAAAAGCAUCGAGGAACGUCAGUUGCUUAAAUAAGCAGCACCGCUGGCGUGUGGCUGGUACUUAGAUUGGUUUUCCCAAACAGCUGUCAAUCAUUUAACAACAGUACCAAGAAGAAUUUGUGACCUCUCUGAUCUCGUUUUUCAUGUUUGCUGGACUUUGAUUUCCUUAAUAACCCCUUCUCUUAACUUCUUAUUAAGGAACAAAUGCAGGAAAUGGACACAAAGGAAGGAGGGGAGAUAGUAGCAAGGAAGACUCACCAACAUAAAAGACAUUCCUCCUGCUCCCUGAAUUUAAAAACCAGUCUGGAGUGAGUAGCUACUAAAGAAGGAAAAUAGACUUUGUAUGGACCCUUUGUUGAGAAUUUGAUGUGGUUUGAAUGUGUGUUGAUCCAUGUUUAGAAAAUUCAAUACCACUGCCCAUUAAUUAUGGCCCAAGCAAAUGAGUUAAAUAUACUCUACUUGAGAGCAACACAUGAACAUGUGUAAUGGUGAGUUCUAUCCAGAGUGGUGACUGGUACAACAGAAGGGUAGGUUAGAUGCUAUUAAGAUGGCACCUAAUUGUAUAUCAUGUAUGGUGGCAACUGUAUUAAAAAAAAAUCAGGAAAGCCAAUGUUUGAUUUUUGUUUUUAUCUUGUCUGUAGAAGUGUUUGUUAUAGCAGAUUUUCAAGUGCUUUUUAGAAGCAAAUCUAGAUUUUCUUUAUCUUCUUCCAUUGAGGGAAGUUAUGUGUGCACAUGUUUGAUUUAGCUGUGUUGUCUGUGUGUGAUUUGUUUGUGUUAGCUGUGCAGGUGUGAUAUUUUUAAAAGAAGCCUCAUUGUUGAAAGUUUGGCUUUUAGUAAAAUUUCCCAAGUGUGCACCAUUUUUUGAUGUGAAAUUUCAUUGGGAUAUAUCCUACUGGGCAUUAAAUAUAAGUUUCCCUGAGGGGGGGCUAGUUCUUGUGGUUUUCAUCUGUCUUGAUAUUUGGAAUGAAAAUGUACUGUAGGAUUUGGGAGCAGGCACCUGGGGGAAGUUAUAAUGAUGUCAUUUUUUCCCCUGAGGUCUUUUUACAUCCCCUAUACCCUUCUUCCCCCACCCCCCCCACCCCUUGUUGUGUUGCAUUUUGUUUCUUUUUGAUUUUACUCUUUGAGCAUCAAAGUUUAAACUUGACUUAAUUUUGCAUUUAAUUAUGGUCUUAUACAAAAUCCUAUCUGUUAACAGCAAAUUCUUUGGGCCAAGCUCAGCUGGUUUGACAUUUGUUUCUUCUGCAAAUUGUUUUGUAGGAUCUGAUGAGCUGUCAAAGGAGAAACUAAAUUACAACAGAACUGUCCAUAUUCAAAGUUUGGCAAAAUACACAUGAAUAUUUUUAGUUGGCGAAAGUACACAUUUAGUAAUGAUUUUUUGCAACUAAUAUUUGGGGGAACUGUUUCUUUAGGAUGAUUGAGUCCAAAUGCAGCUGACUUGAAAGAGUGUUGUGAAUUUUAUCACCUUCCGUGAAUGAAACACAGAGGACUUGCUUUUAUCCAAAUGGCAUUACUUCUGGAAAUGAACAUAUUUUGUGGGUAAUUCAUUGAGUUUUCACAUAUUGCUAAAGAUAAAUAAAAUAACUUACUAGCAA